AUUUUUAAACUAUUAGGAGUUGUGGCUUCUUGUUUAAGUCUCACGUAGUCACAUCGUAUCAUAUCUAUAAAUACUCAUAUUGAUAAGCUCCACUAUGCAGUGCAACAACAAGCAUAAUUCCUUCUAAUCAUUAAAAUUAGCCGGCUAACGUCAAGGGUAGGAUAAGCAAAAGAGAAUAUGGCAGAGGUCGAACCAAAUGUAUUGGUUUUGGAGAAUCCAGAAGCUGAUUAUGAGAAGAUGAUCAAAGAGUUGGAGGCUAAGGAUGAGACAGCCGAAGUGAAUGGUGCUCGUGCUGGAAAUACUGUUGAAUUGUCCUCCCCUACUACAAACUUUACCAAGACCAAGCUAACAAAGCUUGAGGUACAUUUUUGGGCUGGCCGUACGCUCACUAGCUUUCCUGAUAUGAACAACAACACCACUUACUAUUUCAGGCAGAGUGGGACUCUUCCUCAAGGUGUCAAGUGGGGUUAUUCUUAUGCUACUGGUAAGGACUCCACUGCUCGUAAGUGGGUUGCGGCUUUUGAUUCUGCUGCCGGCAAGGCUUACUGUGAAUGCGGACCUACCGGUCCAGUGGACUGGAACGUAGUUGAAGAUAAAUUGGGUAAGUCUGGAAGUCAGACCGAGUAUGUUGACCCCAUUUUUAAAGGCAAGAUCGUGGCUAGGGUUGCUGGUAACCAACUUAUAUCAACUCUCUGGUAGAUCAUAUUCAGCUUCACUAAUCACUACUAUGUACUACGUAGUACGGAGUAUGUGUUUGCACUAGGAGCUAUCUUUCCUUUUUAAGUACUAUAUAUGUUGUUUCCCAAAUAAUACUAAUGCUACUAUAUAUGCAUCAUGCAUGCUUCUUAAUAAUUUAUGGUGUACGUGUCAUGUUUAUGCUUGUCACCAAGCAGACAAUCUACCGUCUAUAUCUAUAAAUGGAAUUAAGUGCUUUAUUUACUUGUUA